AUGGGGGACAAUACGGCGCAUGUGCGCCUGCUGACGCUGCUGAAUGUAUCCGCAGCGCAUCCGCGCGAGGCUGAUAAGACGGCUACCGGGAGCGCGAAGCGUGUGCGUCUUUCGAGCGCUCCCGCGCAGCCCCGCGCGGCGGUGGCCAAGGACGAAGCACCGGCCGCCGAGACGCCUGCCGCCGAGGACGUCCAGGACGCGGCGUCGGACGACGAGGAGACAAGCGCGGACAAGGACGCGUUCCACACGCACUUUGGUCCGGAAAGCCGCGACUUGGACGGCGUCGAUACGCGCGACCUGCGCUGGAGUGCGCCCGAGCCGAUCGACGUGCUCGGCGGCGCGACGAUCGUGCGUGCGCAAAAGAAGAGCGACGCGGUGGGACACCCCCAUGCGCGUAUCUGGAAGGCGUACAAGGAAAAAUAUGCCAAGGUCGCACCGAAGCACACGGACCUCGUCAAGCUGCUCGGCACCUAUGUCGAUCUGUGGGACGCGCACGUCGCACUGGACACGCACGACGACCUGCGUACUGUGCUCGCGAUGCAUGCCAUGAGCCACGUUGCGCGCACGCGCCAGCGCGUGCUCAAAGACAACGAGCGCCUGGCCAAGGCCGCGGCGGCGGCUAAGGCGAACGAGGACGACGACGAGCUGCCCGAGCUGCGUGACCAGGGCUUUACGCGCCCCAAGGUCCUGCUCCUUACGCCGUUCCGCAACACGGCCAAGGAGUGGGUCGAGCGCAUGAUCCAGCUGUCGGCGUGCGAGCAGAUCGAGCAAAAGUCGCGCUUCCAGUCCGAGUUUUCGCUCCCCCCGAAUGUCGUUGACAAGCUCGCAGACGAGCGCACGGCGGACCGCUACCCCGCCGACCACCGCAAGACGUUCCGCGGAAACAUUGACGAUAACUUCAAGCUCGGCGUGAAGCUGACGCGCAAGACACUCAAGCUCUACAGCGCGUUUUUUGAGAGCGACGUGAUUGUCGCGAGCCCGCUGGGUUUGCGUCUCCUUAUCGAAAAAGAGCGCGACGCGGACUACCUCUCGUCGAUCGAAAUGCUCCUCGUGGACCAGAUGGAUGUGAUGCUGAUGCAGAACUGGGACCACGUCAAGUUUGUCUUUGAGCACCUCAACGCGAUUCCCAAGCAGGCGCACGAUACCGACUUUUCGCGCGUCAAGCCGUGGUACCUCGACGGCCAGGCGAAAAAUCUGCGCCAGACCGUACUCCUCUCGUCGUUUGACGCGCCCGAGUUCCGCGCGGCCUUUCACCAGCUGCAGAACGUCGCGGGGCGCGUGCGCACGCAGUCGGUCGUCACCGAGGAGGACGCGGCGAUCGCCCAAGUCGCGCCGGGCAUCCGCCAAAUCUUUACGCGCUUCGACUGCGCCAACGCUCAGGGCGACGCGGAUGCGCGCCUGCAGGUCUUUUUGACCAAGACCUUGUCGCACCUGCAGCGCUCGGCAAUCAGUGCGACGCACACCAUGAUUGUCGUCCCGUCGUACUUUGACUUUGUGCGCCUCGAGGACCACUUUCGCAAGCAGAGCGACCUCUCGUACACGACGCUCUCCGAGUACUCGACCAACAAGGAGAUCUCGCGCGCACGCGAGGCCUUUUUUUCGGGGAAAAAAGCGUUUUUGCUGCUGACGGAGCGUUUCCACUUCUACCGGCGCUACCUGAUCCGCGGCGCCCAUACCAUUGUCUUUUACGCGCCGCCCGAGCACGCGGAAUACUACCCCGAGCUGGUCAACGCCCCGCUCACGCCCCGCAAGGAGACGGACGAGGUGCCGGACGCGGCCGAGAUCACCGUGCACACGCUCUACUCCAAGUACGACCUGCUCCGCUUGGAACGCCUGCUCGGCACGGCGCAGGCGCGGCGGAUGGUCACCGAUGCACGCUCUGCAUGGCGGUUUACAUAG